AUGGCGGACAGUGGUCAAGAACGUGGCAGUUUUAGUGGUAGUAGUAGUAGCAGUACUAGCUCUCAGAGUACGGUAGAAGGUUCAAAACACGAGGUGUAUUUAGAUGAUAUGGUUUCAGAAGGUGAAGAUGCUGAACCCAGUAUAUCUUCGCAUUCGCACUGGUUGAAGAUGCAACUGGCGAAGAAAGGACUGAUGUCUGGGAUGCAGCUGUGUGGAUGCAGAUACGGCUAUUGCAGCGAUGGCAUGGACGAAGAUGAUGGUGAAUUAAGCAAUAAUGGGGAAGGUUUGUUGGGAGAUGGCAUAGAAGAGGGAUUAUCCUUCAGUGAUGAUUCUGCUGAUUCACAAAGUAUAUUUGCAGAAAAUGAAAUCGAUAAGAUGUUUCAAGAAAUCCUUAUUGAACACUCGCAUCGCUCCUCCAUGUCAAGAUCUUUGUCAUCGUCUUCAAGUGAAGAUGAUUUCGAUGAUGAUCUGGCUCGCCAAGAGGGUUUUCUGUUUCAGGACUCCCACACGAUGCACAGCGAUUGGGAAUCAGGACUGAGUAGCAACAACAAUAGCCAUGAUAACGAUGAUUGGUCUGUUGCUUUGAGUUUAUUUGGGAAUCUGCAGGAUUUGGAAGCUAUUAGGGUGCGCAGAGAUAGAGGGGAGACUGAAGAUCUUGCACCAAUGUAUCCCCACAGGGCGUUAAUGUAUCAUGAAUGUGAAGUCUGCCUCACGAGAUCGCUUCUGCGAAGAAGAGUCUGCUGUGAUUUUCAUAUAUGCCCAACAUGCAUGGGAACGUAUGUAGCCAUGAAAGUCAAUGAAGCUAAAGUACAGAUAGAAUGUCCCAGUGACCGAUGUGCCGUCCUGAUUCACAAAGAUGAAAUAAAUGAACGUCUGCCACAAGAUUUGAAAGAGAAGUUUGCCAGGUUUUUGAUCAAUGCAAAUACUGAUCCCCUAAAGAAGACAUGCCCAGCCUGCAGUGAGGUCUACUGCAUCGAGCCACAACUGCUGGCAGUGAAGAAGAAGAAGCUGAAACUUGGGUUGAAAGUUCAAUGCCCUCAGUGCCAUUUGCAGUGGUGCUUUAUUUGCCAGGCCCCAUUUCAUGUGGAAAUGACGUGCAAGCAGUUUCAGAUGGGCGACUCCAUGGUCAGGAAAUGGGCUAAAGAACGCAGUGGGGGCCAGUCAAAUGCACAGAAGUGCCCUAAAUGCAAAAUCUUCAUACAGAAAAUCAAGGGGUGCGACCACAUGAAAUGCACUAAAUGUAACACUGACUUCUGCUACCGUUGUGGUGACCGCUAUAUCAGUAUUAAAUUGCUUGGCAACCAUUGGAGCAAGUUCUCUCCGUUUGGUUGCAAGUACCGUUUGAUGCCAAAGAGGCCAGCUCUGCGCAGAUUCAUCAGGGGAGCUAAUUUUGCUGCCCGACUUGUGGCUGGUGUGGUACUAGCAGGACUUGGAUUAGCAGCAGGGGCUAUUCUAGUUGGAGCCAGUGUAGUGAUAGUACCUGGCUAUGGAAUAUUUCGACUGAGACGACAUUUGCAGAUGAGGAAGAUGCUCAAAGGAAGUAAGGGUCGACCAGCAGUUGAAAGAUUUUCAGAAAGGGAUAUUACUCGAGCAAUCGUGUUGCCAACUCAAACUCUGGCCAGAUUAAAUAUAACACCAGAGAUGGAGGCUCGUGAUGCUCGUCAAGUUCAGGUGAUGGUUCACAGGUCAGUUAGCUUCACCCAUGAAGAUGCAGAGUCUGUGCACAGGUCUCACGAUGACAACUAUGAGUUCUACAUAAACAAAUACACAGCUGAAGGCACCGAUGUGAUUGUAUCCGGAAAAGGUAGCAAUGAUUCAGAUCAGUUUAUUGUGCUCUCGGAAGUGACAGAAGUUCAAAAUGAGGGUGGUUAUCCUACAGUGGUGGCUCAUAUUGUAUCAAAAGUGGGUCCAGAUAAGGAAGCUCCAGCCAAGUCACGGGCUUCUGGCAGAGCAAGAAAGGAAAGCAGUCAUUCGGUUAAGGUAGAUAUUUGUGAAAAUUCAGCUGGGAAAACUGACAGACAAGUUAAAGUCCAUGAGAAUCCUAAAUGGCACAAGGAAGCAUCUGAAUGUCUGAAAACAAACUUGAUGCCCUCUGCAGAUAUUCCUUCAUGUUCUUGGGAGAAUUUGUCAGGUGAUGGGAAGACAAUCUCUGAAAAUCCAGCAUCUGAGUCUUGUAAAGAACCCAGUAUAACUGAAGGCAAGUCAGUCAGUGAUGACACUGAUAGUACUAAACAAGGCAAUAAUGGAUGUUUUGGUAACAUAUUCUCCAAGCGUAUUCAGUCACCUGUGACAAGUGUGGAUAACCCUGUUAUCAUUAAGAGUCAACUGACAAAGUCUCAGAAAAAGUCUCCUACUUACAAAGCUUCAACAUGGGAAAAGUGCCGCAGAGAUCACAUGCAGUCUUUACUCAAGUCAUCCCCUCUGGACCCAGUAAAAGAUUUUAAUAAUCUGACCUUGAUUAUGCAGAAACCACCCCCAUUAUCGGCAGAGAUAGAAAAUAUUUUUCACAAUGAGCCGAAGAACUUGAAAAGUGGCUUUAGCAGUAUGAAGGAUAUUGAAAAUGUUUCAGAAUCUUUCAUUCAGGGCAGGAAUGUGUUUGAUAUAAUAUCUUGGCGGGCAUCUUCAGACAGCAUUGAUGAAAAAACAGAAAACGAAUCCUUUGGUGGAGACACAGUAGCUUCAUCUGAGCCUGGCUUCACGAAAACCUCCAAACAAAAUAUGUCUAGGAGUUAUUGCCCUUCAGAUAAAUGCCACAUAUCACAGAUUAGUGAAGUUACUUAUCUGUGA